AUGUCAGAGACUCGCCUCUUUACCAUUCGACCGCUCUCCAAGCAAGGGAGGAGUGAUUACAAGGAUGCGUUUCGUAUUCAUCUCUCGUCAUCCUCCUUAGCGACUCUCAAACUCCGAGCCGGCGACAUCUGCAACGUCUGCAUUCCUGGCGGGGUUCCGGCAACAGCGAUAGCCUGGACCGCGACCGAGAAUAUACAGAGUACCGUCGUACAGACUUCAAGAGUUUUUCAAGAUUGCUACGGGAUCAAAGUAGGGGAGAAAGCCUCCAUCACUAGGGCCGAAGGCCCAUUGGAGGACAUCAUUUCGAUACAACUCUCGGAAUGUUCCGAGGCCGAGAGGCUUAACAGAUAUGGACUCCUUCCAUCUUCGGACGCGUGCCACUGGACCUGGGCUCUAGAGCUACCUCUUUCACGGUGCGAAGUUGUUGCUGUUGGUCUGGUUUUUGAUCUAGAGCUCAAAGGCCAGCGAAGGAGUUUUAGAGUCGGGAAUAUAAAGACAUCUAGCAGAGGCUUACUCCAGACUCUCUUUCGGUUUACUGAAAACACCAAAAUAGUGAUCGGCGACGACCUCGAAGACGUGCCGGAGGGAAAGUCAUCGGGGAUAAAGGUGCAUUCCAAUGGUCUGGGUGGCUUAACUCGUCAGAUUGAUAGCAUCAACGAAAGCCUCACCGACUUCAACCUCGGCUCACAGAAGUUCGAGAUGCCACCCUUCUAUGAACACAGCCGAGGUAUCCUACUCUACGGACCCAAGGGGACAGGUAAAACUGCGCUCUUGGGCCAGAUAGAAACGGCGGGCUGGAGAAGGACUUUCGGUCUUGGGUCGUCCAUGCUCAGCCGAAAUUUUGGCGAUGGUGAGACCAAGAUUCGUAAAGUCUUCCAGGAGGCGGUCCUUUGCCAACCAAGUGCCGUCAUAAUCGAUCAACUUGACUUCAUUGCCCCUAAACGAGCCUCAUUAGACUCCCAAUCGUUGUCAUCGGUGUUAUGCGAAUGCUUAGAUCUUGCAAAGAAUGCCCUUGUUUUAGUCGUGGCAGCAACUCGCCAUCCCAAUGAUGUUGAUGACGCGCUGAGAACUCCUCAUCGACUAGGAAUAGAGAUCGAAUUACAGAUUCCUACAGCUCAUGACCGGGCUGAAAUUCUACGUGCUAUAUGUGGAAGUCCUCCUCUUCACCUCAACGAGGCUCUCAUAGACCUGAUUGCCGAGAAGACCCAUGGUUAUGUUGGGGCAGAUCUAUUUGCUUUACUUCAGCUUGUAUGUCGCAAAGCCCGGCAGAGACAGUUGGUCAAAUCCAGUCCACUGAAAGAUUUACUGCCACGCAUGAACGAUGUCAAGCAUGAGGGACAUGGUGAUCAAGAGGUUGUUAUACACUUGAAUAUUGAGGAGCGCGACGUUGUAUCUGCGUUGCAGGAGACGCGCCCUACCGCCAUGCGGGAGGUCUUUUUAGAAACGCCGAAAGUGAGAUGGACAGAUAUAGGUGGACAACAUGACAUAAAAAGGCGCCUUCAAAAAGCCGUUCAAAGACCUCUCAAGUUUCCGGAGAGAAUGAAGAGACUCAAUGUGAACAGUAAGAAAGGAAUACUCCUCUAUGGCCCUCCAGGUUGCUCCAAAACACUCACUGUAAAGGCACUUGCUACUGAGGCUGGUUUGAACUUUUUGGCUGUUAAAGGUGCUGAGAUCCUGAGCAUGUAUGUUGGCGAGUCAGAGCGGGCUGUGCGGGAAAUCUUCCGAAAGGCACGAUCUGCAAGGCCCAGUAUCAUAUUCUUUGAUGAAAUUGAUGCAAUUGCUUCGCGGCGCAGUGCUUCUUCGGGAGGCGUCAAUGUGCUCACUACUCUAUUGAAUGAAAUGGAUGGUAUUGAAGAACUAAAGAAUGUGUUGGUCAUUGCUGCCACGAAUAAGCCGGACGUCAUUGAUCCUGCCUUGAUGCGACCCGGUCGACUGGACAACAUUCUAUAUAUCGGCCCGCCUGAUCGCGACGCACGGAAGGAGAUUUUGGGUAUCUGGUUUCGCAAGUCUGUGGUCCAUCCCGAAGUGGAGUUAGAGGAGCUGGCUAUCAGAACUGAAGGAUACUCAGGAGCUGAGAUUGUGAGCAUUUGUGAAACGGCUGGAGAUGCAGCUUUAGAUGAAGAAGAAGAGACUGGUCAAGACCAGGAGGUCAAAUGGAGGCACUUUGAGUAUGCACUUGGCCAGGUUAAGAGGCAGAUUACGCAUGCUGUGAUUCAGGAAUAUGAGCAAUGGGGCCAGUCUGUGGAGGUUUGA